AUGCAGAGUUGCCCGGACACACCAACCCGUGUCGCUCAGAGGGAGAGACCGUGUCGCUCAGGGGGAGAGACCGUGUCGCUCAGAGGGAGAGACCGUGUCGCUCAGAGAGAGAGACCGUGUCGCUCAGAGGGAGAGACCGUGUCGCUCAGGGGGAGAGACCGUGUCGCUCAGGGGGAGAGACCCGUGUCGCUCAGGGGGAGAGACCGUGUCGCUCAGGGGGAGAGACCGUGUCGCUCAGGGGGAGAGACCGUGUCGCUCAGGGGGAGAGACCGUGUCGCUCAGGGAGAGACCGUGUCGCUCAGGGGGAGAGACCGUGUCGCUCAGGGGGAGAGACCGUGUCGCUCAGGGGGAGAGACCGUGUCGCUCAGGGGGAGAGACCGUGUCGCUCAGGGGGAGAGACCGUGUCGCUCAGGGGGAGAGACCGUGUCGCUCAGGGGGAGAGACCGUGUCGCUCAGGGGGAGAGACCGUGUCGCUCAGGGGGAGAGACCGUGUCGCUCAGGGGGAGAGACCGUGUCGCUCAGGGGGAGAGACCGUGUCGCUCAGAGGAGAGACCGUGUCGCUCAGAGGGAGAGACCGUGUCGCUCAGAGGGAGAGACCGUGUCGCUCAGAGGGAGAGACCGUGUCGCUCAGAGGGAGAGACCGUGUCGCUCAGGGGGAGAGACCGUGUCGCUCAGGGGGAGAGACCGUGUCGCUCAGGGGAGAGACCGUGUCGCUCAGGGGGAGAGACCGUGUCGCUCAGAGGGAGAGACCGUGUCGCUCAGGGGGAGAGACCGUGUCGCUCAGGGGGAGAGACCGUGUCGCUCAGGGGGAGAGACCGUGUCGCUCAGGGGGAGAGACCGUGUCGCUCAGGGGGAGAGACCGUGUCGCUCAGGGGGAGAGACCGUGUCGCUCAGGGGGAGAGACCGUGUCGCUCAGGGGGAGAGACCGUGUCGCUCAGAGGGAGAGACCGUGUCGCUCAGGGGGAGAGACCGUGUCGCUCAGGGGGAGAGACCGUGUCGCUCAGGGGGAGAGACCGUGUCGCUCAGGGGGAGAGACCGUGUCGCUCAGGGGGAGAGACCGUGUCGCUCAGGGGGAGAGACCGUGUCGCUCAGGGGGAGAGACCGUGUCGCUCAGAGGGAGAGACCGUGUCGCUCAGAGGGAGAGACCGUGUCGCUCAGGGGGAGAGACCGUGUCGCUCAGAGGGAGAGACCGUGUCGCUCAGGGGGAGAGACCGUGUCGCUCAGGGGGAGAGACCGUGUCGCUCAGGGGGAGAGACCGUGUCGCUCAGGGGAGAGACCGUGUCGCUCAGGGGGAGAGACCGUGUCGCUCAGGGGGAGAGACCGUGUCGCUCAGAGGGAGAGACCGUGUCGCUCAGGGGGAGAGACCGUGUCGCUCAGAGGGAGAGACCGUGUCGCUCAGGGGGAGAGACCGUGUCGCUCAGGGGGAGAGACCGUGUCGCUCAGGGGGAGAGACCGUGUCGCUCAGGAGACCGUGUCGCUCAGAGGGAGAGACCGUGUCGCUCAGAGGGAGAGACCGUGUCGCUCAGAGGGAGAGACCGUGUCGCUCAGAGGGAGAGACCGUGUCGCUCAGGGGGAGAGACCGUGUCGCUCAGGGGGAGACCGUGUCGCUCAGAGGGAGAGACCGUGUCGCUCAGAGGGAGAGACCGUGUCGCUCAGGGGGAGAGACCGGACCGUGUCGCUCAGGGGGAGAGACCGUGUCGCUCAGAGGGAGAGACCGUGUCGCUCAGAGGGAGAGACCGUGUCGCUCAGGGGGAGAGACCGUGUCGCUUAGAGGGAGAGACCGUGUCGCUCAGAGGGAGAGACUGUGUCGCUCCGCUUAGAGGGAGAGACCGUGUCGCUCAGAGGGAGAGACCGUGUCGCUCAGGGGGAGAGACCGUGUCGCUCAGGGGGAGAGACCGUGUCGCUCAGAGGGAGAGACCAAGUCGCUCAGAGGGAGAGACCGAGUCGCUCAGAGGGAGAGACCGUGUCGCUCAGAGGGAGAGACCGAGUCGCUCAGAGGGAGAGACCGUGUCGCUCAGGGAGAGACCGUGUCGCUCAGAGGGAGAGACCGUGUCGCUCAGAGGGAGAGACCGUGUCGCUCAGAGAGGAGAGACCGUGUCGCUCAGAGGGAGAGACCGUGUCGCUCAGAGGGAGAGACCGUGUCGCUCAGAGGGAGAGACCGUGUCGCUCAGAGGGAGAGACGACUCAGGGUUUUUGCUCAGUGCGAAUGAGGUUUUUGUCGACAGUUUCACAUGA